GUGUGCGCGCGUGUGUGUGCGUGCGUAUACGCGAGAGCGAGCGUGUGUGCCAUAGCGGAGCCUCCUCCAUACCCCAACAGAGGGCCUGAGACAGCAGCAGGAGCAGCAGCCAUUGUUCAGGGAAAACCUGGCAAACAAAGGACGGGCUUCCUCCUUUUUCUCCGAAGCCGUCCCUGUUUCCUCCGGCUGCCAUUCAGCGCGGCUAGGCCACUCGGCAGCCCCCACCCCCAUCCACCCCCGCGACCCGUUCCUGCCUGGUCCAAUUGUAGCCCAGCCCCUGCCUUGUAUUAUUUUCAUUUUGAACUUUUCUCUCUCCUCCCAGCCCCUCCAUGGCUGGGUUCGCGUGAAGCGCCUGCCGGCAGGGAUGUUCUGAGUUCUUGUUCUGCCUUCUCCCUCCUCCUCCUCCUCUUCCUCCUCCUCCCCCUUCCGCCCGCCCGCCACACUCCCUGGCAGCAGAGAGACUCCGGUAGUUCUCCCCAGGCUGUUCCUCUAAGUCAUUCAAGCUGUACUCUCCAAAGGAGCCCCCAAACGGCAACGCCUUUCCCCCCUUCCACCCGGGCACUAUGCUGGAUCGAGAUGUGGGACCGACUCCUAUGUAUCCACCAACCUACCUGGAGCCUGGGAUAGGGAGGCACACGCCAUAUGGCAACCAGACUGACUACAGGAUAUUUGAGCUAAACAAGCGGCUGCAGAAUUGGACAGAGGAGUGUGACAAUCUGUGGUGGGAUGCCUUCACCACCGAGUUUUUUGAGGAUGAUGCCAUGUUAACAAUCACCUUCUGUCUGGAAGAUGGACCAAAGAGAUACACAAUUGGACGUACUCUGAUCCCCCGCUACUUCCGCAGCAUCUUUGAAGGGGGGGCUACUGAACUCUACUACGUCCUGAAGCACCCGAAAGAAUCUUUCCACAACAACUUUGUGUCGCUCGACUGUGACCAGUGUACCAUGGUUACCCAGCACGGCAAGCCCAUGUUCACCCAAGUCUGUGUGGAGGGCCGCCUCUACUUGGAGUUCAUGUUUGAUGACAUGAUGAGGAUAAAGACAUGGCACUUCAGCAUCCGGCAGCACCGGGAACUCAUUCCCCGCAGCAUCCUUGCAAUGCAUGCACAAGAUCCCCAGAUGCUGGAUCAGUUGUCCAAGAACAUCACCCGGUGUGGGCUUUCAAAUUCCACGCUCAACUACCUCCGACUUUGCGUAAUCCUAGAACCAAUGCAGGAGUUGAUGUCGCGGCACAAGACCUACAGCCUCAGUCCCCGGGACUGCCUCAAGACAUGCCUCUUCCAGAAGUGGCAGCGUAUGGUGGCACCACCUGCUGAGCCUGCACGUCAGCAGCCCAGCAAACGCCGGAAAAGGAAGAUGUCUGGGGGCAGCACCAUGAGUUCUGGUGGUGGAAAUACCAACAACAGCAACAGCAAGAAGAAGAGCCCAGCCAGCACCUUUGCCCUCUCCAGUCAGGUACCUGAUGUGAUGGUGGUGGGCGAGCCGACCCUGAUGGGUGGGGAGUUUGGUGACGAGGAUGAGCGCCUUAUCACGCGGCUGGAAAACACACAGUUCGACGCUGCCAACGGCAUCGAUGACGAGGACAGCUUCAACAACUCUCCCGCGUUGGGCGCCAACAGCCCCUGGAACAGCAAGCCCCCCUCCAGUCAGGAGAGCAAGUCUGAGAAUCCAACGUCGCAAGCAUCGCAGUAAAGCCCCCACCCGCUGCCCAGCCUGGCCUUUACCGGACUUGGGCUGGUGCCAAUCCCUCCUCCAACGGACUGAGUCGAAACCGUUCUACCUGGACAGUUUGUGAAGAAGUGUGGCUGGCUGGUGAAGUAUUGAGCCGAUGGGCACUGCAGCACCAGCCUGCCCACCUACCUGUCUCCAGUUGGUCCAGCCACCACUCCCUGCCGUCUGCAGUUGUGGCAGCACCCCACAGGGCAGACGUGGGACACACACUGGGCCUGAUGGAGCCUGGAUCUCCCUUUUUAGCCCCAGCAGAAUUCUAAUUCCUUCUCCCUACCCACCCGAGCAUCCAGGGCUGUAGACACCACAAGCGACAGUGUUGUGGGGUGGUGUUCUGAGUUCAUUAUGUAGCCCCUUGAAGCCUGACAGCUUUGCCUGACGGGCAAGGAACAUCUCAGGAGGGAAAGGGGCUGAGUGCUUCAGGUGACUGAGCAGAAGGCCAGAGCCUGAGCACCUUUUACCAGUGUAGUUCCAUGUUCAACCUCCAGGGGCUUUCUUGUAGCAGGAGAGUAAAACAACCUUGUGUGACUCAACAUUGGGGGCAGCUAGGAUAUUUGGGGGGGGAUGAUGGCUGCUGCGGGCGUGGCAGUACAAUUCCUCCUGCAAUGUGUGUGUGGGGAGGUGGAAUUGGGGUUUUUACACCUCAUGGAAUGUGGGUAGAAAACUGCCCUUUUAGUCUGAUCUUUGGGGAUAGGCCCACCCCUCUGCAUAUCCUACUCUUACAGAAAACUGCAAUCAUGGCCCCACGCCCAGUACUUUGGAUUUUUUUUAAAAAAAAUGUUAUUAUUAAAAUUGUAAGUUUAAAAAAAAAAAAGAAAGAAUCUGCCCUCCCUCCCUGUUUUCCCCCAAUCCUGAUUUUUGUACAGGCUUGUCUACCAAUUGGGAGUCUUGGUUUUUAUAUACAGUUCCGAGAGCUUCAAACCAAGGAGAGACUUUGCAGACUUCCUUUAUAUGAUUCUUUGAGGACAGCAUGGCUGCCCCACUUCGCCCUCUCUGUGUAACUUGUGUGUGCUGCUCCCCGCCCCUUCUCGGCCGCCUCCCUCUCCCCACCUUUCGGGUUUGUGUACCUCGUGCUUGUAUAUUUCUGCGCUGUAGGCCGUGUGUAUGAUACUGUUCUUUCACUGUGUUAUCACUAAAGCAGCCACCACCCCUCAUGAGUUGUUGGGGGCAGUUCAUCGUGAUGGGCAUCCUUCUUGGGAGUCAGGAGAGUUCAGAGGGUGCUGUCACCAGUUUACAGCAACGCAGAAUGCACAGGACAAGGCUGAGAAGCAGGACCUCUUAAGGAACCGGGGAAGGUGUAAUAAUACCUGUAUUGUAUAAGAGGAUGGCAGCUUCCUCCACUUGGGAGGCAGGUCCAUCUUUUUUGGUGGAAAGUGACAGGGCUCACCGGGUCCCCAAGGACACACAGCCCAUUCCUAAACCCUCCCAUCCUGUGCUCUCCAGUGUUUGGAUGUCGCUUAUGUUCUUCCACUUGCAUUUCCUGCUCUAGAUUUGUUUUGUGCAUCCUGGACAGAAUAUGUUUUAAUUCUCUGAUGCCUCGAAGUCACCAAGCAUAAGGUGUGUUUUUCUGUUUUUGCGAGAGGAACGCAAGAGUUAAGAUGAGGUGUGUUGCCCUCCUCCUGGCAUGGGUGGCUUCCGAGUGCAGUGGCAUUUGGGAGGCACAGUCUGAAUUGUGGCGGCAACCACCCCUUUGCCUUAUUGGGGCUGUUACUCCAAGCUGAUUCCUGGCUUCAAGGUUGUUUUCGUUAAAAGGACUGUUGCCAUCACUUUGCCCUAGAGCUGCCCUUUCAGGCCAGCAGCUCCAACAUGAUUUCUUCACCACAGGCGCAUGAAUUUCCAUCUGACUCCUGGACUGGAAUCCCAAGAACUCUCCUCUGAUAGAGGAGGCCAGCUGAAUCGAACUGAAGCCUAUCUGUUGGGGGAAGGGGGGGGGAAAGGCUGGUCACUUUUGUGUUAGUGGGCCCAUAUGCUCUGGUCUGCUCUGCCCCCUAUUAGCAGGCAAGGUAACAGUCAAAACUAUAAUUUACAGGGAUUUCUUCUGUUUCCAUUUUGUACCUUAAAGAGAUGAGUGUCACGUCCCUCAUUGCUGUGGCUCGGCAUGAACUGGUGGCGUGUACUCUGUCCCCCAUCCCUUUGCCCUCCCCACCUACCACCUCUCCACUUCCUGGGGCACUGUAAAGCCUUUUUUUCUUUUUUCUUUUCCUUUUUUCUUUUUUUUCUUUUCUUUUUCUUUUUUUCAUAGUUUGUGCCAUUUAUGGUCAUGUAUGUAUGGUACCAAUAAAACAACUUUUCAGUUUGGC